UAUCUGGGAAUGCAGACUGACUUCUCGUGUGAGGAAAAAUCCUUGUCCUAACAUAGCUCCUGACAUUUAUUCUGCCGUCAGGCCAUCAAAGUACUUUCAUAUCUGGAAUCUGAUCCAAACCCACAGCGGCUCUCCAGAAAUACUGCAGCAGCCGCCCUCACUACUGACCUCAACGUAUCAGUUUCUUUUUAACAUCCUGCCUCGGAAGUCUUGAGACAGCAAGAUGGAUGGGUUGAGUGUGCAGACUCCAGUUUCAAGGAGUCCUCAGGUGUGGAGUUGGUUGCCAAGGACUCCUGGCUCCGUAGCAACAGCAGGAGAUUAGUGUGAAACCAUCAACAGGCAGCAAGCUGACACAUCCAGCCUGCUGCUUCUGCUUCAGGUUGAGAUGAUGUCUGGAAAACAAGAGAUUCAGUCCAGAUUUCGUCCAUCAAACAGAAUCUUGGAUCUGGCGCAGCACAAAACCUCAAAAACUGUUUGGGCCACGACUCCUUGUGAGAAGCUGAGCUGGGGCAACCAGGAGCCAAUAUGGCCCGUCUCAGCUUCAGCACUCGGAGCCGUUCCAAGUGCAAGAAUCCAAUACCUAGCCAGGCACAAAAGAGACUUCUCAGCAAGGGAGGACCACCGGAGGAAGGAGGAGGAGGCGAGCUUCUUUAGGAAAACCCAGCAUCCUUCCUCCAGGGCUUCCCAGUACGAGCACAUUGUCCGCUUGUCAACACCCAAAACCAGGAGCUGCAGCUCCCAGGAAGCAGGGCCUCCUCACACACCUCAGUGUGAGAAUACCUGUCCUGUUUGGCACGUUGAUCCCAAAGUGAAAACUGCUGUGAUCACACUGCGACUGCUGCAGCUCUCCAACCCCAAACUAAACCAUCCAGACUUCCAGAGCAACAGAGAGAGUGUUGCAUCCAUCGUUUCCUUUGCUUCCAAGACGGCUCGAAUCUCUCAGCGACUGGUCCAGCUGUCGCUGCCCAGACUGAAGGAGAGCAACAUCUGCUGCGAGCUCGGACGCCCGGAGGAAUCAAUCUGGACUGUUUCACGGGCAGCGAGGAGAGCCACAGUAAGUGCUCGUGUUGAAAUGCUGGCGAAACCAAAACAGCUUUCCAAGGACUACAUCCCUCCACGAGAGCCAGUGUGGAGCCGGAAAAAAGUCCUGCCCACCUGAGCUUCAUCCCUCAACACCACAACCAAGUCAGUGCUUAUCUAGUUUGUGCCCAUUGUGAAGCUAAUUCAACGUAAACCAGCAAAAUGUUGACGAUAUGAUAAAGUGUCUGAAGUGAUGUCAAAUAUAUUUCGAUCUUGAUUAUUUUUUUAAAAGAUCAAUGUGGACUUUUAACUUCUUUCUGUGCUUUAUUUACACUGGCUCUCAACCUGUCUAAAGAUCCUCCUAUUCAAUGUUUUCCCAAAUUCUUUUGAGCUAAUAAUCAUGAUAAAGCUUUUGUUUGCUGACAAACAAAAUUACUAGAGUAGUCUGCUGAGUGUUUUUUAGAUCAUUUGCAGUAAUACGAUAAAACACCAUAAAACCACAAAAAGAAGAGAAUCCCUACAUCUAACUGCAAACUCCAAAUAAAUGAAAGAAAAAUCAAGAUUAGCAAAGAGACCAGAAUUUAGUAACAGGAUCUAAAUGACAGCAUGAAAAUGAACUAAAACUAAUUAAUAGAAACUGUAAAAAUGAUAAAAUUGCCACAGUUAGGAAACCAAGCUGAAAGAAUAUAAAAGUAUUAAAUAUGUCAAACUCAAUUUGAGACAUCUGGAGGGGGAAUGUGAGUAAGAAACAACACAAAUUGGUACAUCUGUUUCUUUGCAGUUCUGUUGGGAUGUCUGUUGAUAUCAUUACCAUGUAUAUAAAACGUUGAAUAACAAUUUUGGACUGCGAUGUUAGAAUCAAUGAAAGAUUGCUAAGUUUAAAUCUCAAACCGUUAUGAAAAAAUCAGCACAGAGACGGUGAAUCAUGUUAGGAAUAAAAACGCUCUCUCUGUCUCAGAUCUGCAGCCUUUGUCUGAGCCUCAGUAUGAUACGGUGAUCCACAGGGUUUUUCCCUUACAGUUGCAGCUGGAUUCUGCAUUUAUAUCACAGUGGGUAUUUAAACCUGUCUUUUUUGUCAGUUUUACCACAUCCCUUCCAUCUCUCUCUGAAGUGGUCCAGCCAGUUUUUGAUUUGGGACAGAUGUGUGUGUGUACCAUGAGCAGUUUUUCACUCGUAGACAUUUUGAACAGUGUCACUUUAGGCCACUUUAGUCUGAGUAUGAGAAAAUUCACCAAAGCCUCUCAGAAACUCCCUUUUCCCCUUUUAGAUGUCAUAACUUGGUGAAAAUACCACAAUCUGGCCACAGUUUAGUUUACAAAAGGUGUCGGGGCUUCAGUUUGGAAAUCCACUGUAAUCCCACUUGCACUGCUGGUGGUGCCUGUGAGCGUUACAUAAAAAAUUUGUCACAGUUGAUGUGUUCAGAGGUGGAGGUGUACUGUAAUUUCAUUUGGAGCGCAGCAGGCAGUGGCGGCUGCCAUCGCGGGCUUUAGAUCAGCGCAGGUUUGUGGCUUGGCUAGACAUCAAAGGAGAUUGAACCCACGUCCUGCUGGGAGGCUAAUCUGGGAUUAGCCCGCAGCGAUCGUGACCUGGGACCGCAAGGUAGUGAGGAGGAGGUGGGUGGGGAGAUGGGGACAAACAUUUAAAAAAAAAAGAAAGCUGAGUUUUAUUCAAACAAACAUUUCAAACAGAUUUGGUUGAGUCUAAUCUACAGUAAACAGGUGGAGCCGUAGGAUUGUUGUUAUCUUCUAGGUCCCCUGUUUUCUUGUCAACAAACAGUUAUUUUUUCGAUCAGUGUUUAUUUCCAAAACGCAUUGUGCGUGCUUGUGCCAGUUGAGCACAAGAUACAAAUAAACUGGAGAGCCACUUAUCAAAACAUUCCUCUAUAGCACCACUAGUGGUCAAAAACUCCACAGUUUUUUCCUUUAAGGGCAACUCUGAUUGGCAUUUUGGCAUUUUCUGUUGAUGAAAUUAAAGUUUCUGAAGGUG